AUGACAGUGUAUCAGCAGAGUGCUGCGGCAGUCCUUUGCGACCCAAAAACGGCGCCUUCGUUCGCAUUGAUCGACGCAAAAGAAUCAUCAUGCCGCCCUGAUCUGGCGGUCACUCCCAUUGGCAACAACACCGGAUCUCCCGAAGUGCUGCAAACAGCUGCCGACUGGUAUCAAUUCUGUCGAUUGAAUCACAGCAAAUGCUGGAGUCUGCCGACUCAUGAAAGUUGGAGGCUCAUCAUCACUGAUGACCAAGCUGGCAGUCUGAUAGCAGCCCAGUACGCGACAUUCAGUUAUAGAUGGGGAUCAAAGCCACAAGCCUUGAUGCUAAGAACCUCGACCUUGGGACACUUUCUCGGCGGAAAGCCGAUCGCCGACCUACCUCAGACAUUCAAGGACUUCAUCGUGGUAGCCCGUAAACUUGGCUUCAAGUAUGUGUGGAUCGAUUGUCUAUGCAUCAUGCAGGACUGCAGCCAGGAUUGGAACCACGAGGCAUCUACCAUGAGAGAUGUGUACGCGAAUUCCGGUUGCAAUGUUGUGGCCUGCGAAUCGUCAGAUCCCGGAGGGGGCCUGUUCCGAUACAGACACCCCAGCGAUGUGUCCCCUGGCCUAGUGGAAACUCGUCUAUCAUCAGGGCAACCUCAGAGAUACGUUGUUCGCGAUGAUCACUUCAACAGCAGGAAUGGCACGGUGACAACUCUGGCGGACCGCGGAUGGGUGUUUCAGGAAAGAUUUCUGGCCCCACGAUUGCUCUCCUUCCACCCUCAGCGUAUUAGCUGGGAAUGCUGCGAAGGCCGUAAGUGGGAGGGUGUAUACCAGUCAUUUGAAGACUCGAUCAGCAUCAUGGACGAACUGCUAGCCUCUUUUCAACAGAGCGCCGAAGCUUCAUACGGGGAAAUGACAGAAGCCACUCUAAAACUCUGGGAGAAGCUGAUGCGCUUGUAUUCACACUGCAAGCUCACCAAAUCCGAGGACAAGCUUAUGGCUUUUGCUGGUGUCGCCAAAGCCUUCCAAGAGCUUACCGGCGACACGUAUCUAGCGGGGGUUUGGCGGUCGCAGCUGCUCGUACAGUUGAAUUGGACGGCUAUUGAGAACGUGAAAGCGGCCCACUUCCCUAAGCGAUAUAGGGCGCCUUCAUGGUCACGGGCAUCUAUUGACAGCCCAGUCUGGACAGGGUUUAACGUGAAACGUCCAAACUGUGAGAACCAUAUGGCAUUGGAGAUUAUAGACGCCGGCGCAACUUCCAGCGCCUUUGAGGGAAUGGCCGAUGUGAGUGAUGCUUGGUUAGAAGUACGAGGCACAUGUUUUGGAUGUUCGUACGAGAAGCAACCGCAUGGAGAUUUUCACUUUUGGCCCGAUACUGACAUUGAUUUUGAACUUUCGGGGUGGAUGGAAGCGGAUGUUGCGGAAUACGAGUUUGAAGGUGAGGGUCGGACUAUUCUUUUGCUUCACACCGUCAGUUCACGUGAUGGUUAUUGGUAUGCCGCCGAUGCCAUGAUCUUGCUAGCCGUUCCCGGCCCGGGAGAUGUGUACAGAAGGAUAGGUUGGGCAAGGUUCAAGCCUCGGGAUCCAAAGAGUCCCUUGGACCUUGCCUUGUCUCCCAGAAUCGGGAGGGUCGAGCUCGUCAUCGUGUAA